CAUAACUGAGUUGUUACAAUUUACAAAGACAAAGUAAAAUAUUUAUCCAUAUCCAAAUCCAAAACAUCCUUCAUAACCAUGUCGAUGAUGUUAGGGGAACCACCCCACCGUACAAAUCCAACCGUACACGUGCCACAAUGGCCAAAUCCCACGGCGGAGAUUUUUUCUCCUUUAACCGCUAAUGAAGAUUAUUCUCAGUUCUACUUGCAAGAAGCGCUUAGCGCUCUUCAACACUAUCUUCCAGAACAUGACGACGCCGAUUCUGACUCGGAGAUUUUUCCGAGUCAUGAAUCAGUGGAUGCAUACUCCAAUGAUCAUUUCCGCAUGUUCGAGUUCAAGAUUCGAAGAUGCGCACGUGGAAGAUCACAUGACUGGACGGAGUGUCCUUUUGCUCAUCCCGGCGAGAAAGCUCGCCGCCGUGAUCCGAGGAAGUUUCACUAUUCCGGCACUUCGUGUCCUGAUUUUCGUAAAGGAAGUUGUAAGAAAGGUGAUUCGUGUGAAUUCGCGCAUGGAGUUUUUGAGUGCUGGCUUCAUCCUGCACGUUACCGUACUCAGCCGUGUAAAGACGGUACUAGUUGCCGCCGGCGAGUUUGUUUUUUCGCUCACACGACGGAGCAACUUAGGGCUCCGACUCAACAGAGUCCAAGGAGUGUUAACUCUACUGAUUCCUACGACGGUUCUCCUCUCCGUCUAGGGAUUGAAUCAUCCUGUGUGAAAACGCUGCCGUUUAUUUCUUCUCCUGGAUCUGUUUCUCCGGUGGAGUCUCCUCCGGUGUCUCCGAUGACUCGGUCAUUGGGAAGGUCUAUGGGUUCUGUGAAUGAGAUGGUUGCUUCUAUAAGAAACUUGCAACUUGAUAAGAUGAAAUCGUUACCUCCUUCUUGGAAUUGUCAAAUGGGUUCUCCUAGAUUCGGAUCUCCGAGAGGACCCAUGAUCCGACCCGGUUUCUGUAGCUUACCGUCAACUCCUACCAAGCCGCGGAGUCGCGGCGGGGUUAACCAUUUUGAUCUCUGGGAUCAGUGCUGUGAGGAGGAGCCUGUGAUGGAGAGGGUGGAAUCUGGUAGGGAUAUAAGGGUUAAGAUGUUUGAGAAACUGAGCAAAGAAAACUCUUUGGAUAGGUUGGGUUCGGGUAUGGAUUCGAGUCGGGUGGAUGUUGAUGGGGCUCCGGAUGUUGGAUGGGUUUCUGAGCUGGUGAGUCCUUUCUUGGGUUGAUUGAUUGUUGCUGAUAUUUCAUUUUGGGGUCGUCUCUUGGGUUCCACUUUUGCACAAGAUUUCAUUUUAUGUAAAUAUAAUCUUGUUUUUAUGGUUAAUUAAUUAUGGGGUUUUAAGAAUGCAUAUAAGCUCUUUUUUUGGAAGGUUUUCUUGGAAGAUCUAGACGACCGGUAAUUGAAUUUGAAGAUGAUUAACGGAAAAUUAUCUUAAGCUUAGUUUUUUUGUGUAUAGGUUUAGCAGAUGAUGAACUAUAUUUACUAUUAUUAUUAUUCCUGUAUUUUAACUUCUAUGUUGAUUAUUAUUACUGUCUCCUUGCUAAUCUUAUUAUCUUGGUGAUGUAAAUGUAUGAAAUUUCUUAUUCUC